UUUUUUAUUCUCUCCAGCGUUACUUUGAAGAAUGCCACCAAAUGCUGUGAAUAGCCCGGCCAAUGGUCUGACAGGCAACUCGGAAGUGGGGCCAGUGCUCAUCAACUCCAAGGCUGGAGCCUCCAAGCAGACGGGCGUGCUCUUCGAGGACGAUGCGGAGACGAACGAUGGCGCCUUGGACGUGAAUGUUAUAGAGCUGAAGAAGGCCGAGAAACGCAGAUUGAAGUGGGUUUGGCGCAACAUAAUCCUCUUUGCCUACUUACACAUGGCUGCGCUCUACGGCGGAUAUUUGCUCUUGACCCAAGCCAAAUGGCAAACAAUUCUGUUCUCAAUUUUCCUGUACGUUGCUGGUAUGCUGGGCAUCACGGGCGGCGCUCAUCGCCUCUGGGCGCAUCGUUCCUACAAGGCUAAGUGGCCGCUGCGCCUCAUCCUGAUCACCUUCAAUACGAUCGCCUUCCAGGAUGCCGCCUUCCAUUGGGCGCGCGAUCAUCGCGUGCAUCACAAGUUCUCCGAGACGGAUGCCGACCCACACAAUGCCACCCGUGGCUUCUUCUUCUCUCACGUCGGCUGGCUGCUGUGCAAGAAGCAUCCCGAUGUGGUGGCCAAAGGCAAGAGCUUGGAUCUCACCGAUCUGCGCGCCGAUCGCAUACUCAUGUUCCAGCUCAAACACUACUUUGUUCUCAUGCCGCUGGCCUGCUUUAUAUUGCCAACGGUCAUACCCAUGAUGUGCUGGAACGAGUCGCUCUUGUGUUCCUGGUUCGUGUCCACCAUGUUCCGCUGGUGCUUCCAACUGAACAUGACCUGGCUGGUCAAUAGCGCGGCUCACAAAUUCGGCGGACGUCCUUACGACAAGAACAUUAAUCCGUCGCAGAGUCCAUAUGUCUCGGCCUUUACAUUUGGCGAGGGCUGGCACAACUAUCAUCAUGUCUUCCCCUGGGACUACAAGACCGCCGAAUGGGGCAACUAUUCGCUGAACAUGACCACAGCGUUCAUAGAUCUAUUCGCAAAAAUUGGAUGGGCCUACGACCUGAAGUCAGUGGCCCCCGAGACGGUGGAGCGGCGAGUACGUCGCACUGGCGAUGGAUCGCACGAGCUAUGGGGCUGGGGCGACAAGGAUAUGACCGCAGAAGAUGAACAGCGUGUUCUCUUUGUGGGCACGAAGACGCAUUAAGAACUUAGUUGAUAAAAAUACUUUAAUUUUAGCACAAUAUAGUUAAACAUUUAAGCUUAGCGGGUUGUAUUUUUUAGAGUAACAAAAAUAUAUACAAUAUAAUUAAC